AUGUCUUCGUUGCCUUCAAACGUCCAUGUCUCUCAGCAUCCCUGUCUCAAGGCAAAGCUGGCUCAGCUUCGCUCAAAGACCAACAGCCCAAGAGAUGUCAAGUCUCUGAUCCAUGAGAUUUCUCUGAUUGUCUCAUGUGAGGCUCUGGCUUCAUCUUUGGAAGCUACAGAAGGAUCUCAGGAUGAGACGCCUUUGGGAUUUCAGUUCACUUCCACAACUGUCCAGCCAAGCACCGUAUCUCUAGUGCCCAUUCUACGAUCAGGUCUCGGCAUGGUUGAUGCUGUUCAAACUAUGCUCCCUAUACCAGUCCCAGUUCACCAUCUGGGCAUGUAUCGCGAGCCUGCAACCCUCGACCCAGUCGAGUAUUACAACAAUCUCCCCCAGCAGGAUCAGUCCUCCAGCAACAGCGCCAGCAGUCUCGCCAUCUUAGUCGACCCUGUCAUUGCAACCGGUGGAACCUGCGCUGCCGCCAUCCAGACUCUUCGUGAAUGGGGCGCCAAGCGAAUCAUUGUUCUCGCUAUCAUUGGAGCUGAGGAGGGCGUUCAGAGAGUCGCAGCCGAAUGGCCCGAAGGAUGUGAGGUUUGGAUCGCAGGAGUGGACAAGGAGCUAACCAGCGGUGGCAUGCUGAAGCCAGGACUGGGAGACGUGGGCGACAGACUAUUCUUGACUAUUGGUAAAUGA